AUGAGUUCAAAACAAGAUACAUACGCUUAUAGUAUUCAACAUGAUCCAUUAUUGAAAUCCCCUAGACCAUAUACCAACACGUCUUAUUAUCCUUAUUAUCAGGUUCAUACUCAAAACAAUUGUGGAAGCCUUAAUCAAGUGACGGGAUUGUUAGAUAUCUACUCAACAACUCCCAAUAAUUAUCCUAUAUUGCCAUUAUUGAAUUCCCCGGAAGCUACUGCAUCUGCUACCAUUGCGCCAUCUCAAUUUUACCCAAAUCAAGUGACGGGAUUGUUAGAUAUCUACUCAACAACUCCCAAUAAUUAUCCUAUAUUGCCAUUAUUGAAUUCCCCGGAAGCUGCUGCAUCUGCUACCAUUGCGCCAUCUCAACUUUACCCAAAUCAAGUGACGGGAUUGUUAGAUAUCUACUCAACAACUCCCAAUAAUUAUCCUAUAUUUCCAUUAUUGAAUUCCCCGGAAGCUGCUGCAUCUGCUACCAUUGCGCCAUCUCAAUUUUACCCAAAUCAAGCUCAACUUUACCCAAAUCAAGCGGGGGAAAGUUCUCAACUUGAUGAAGGUUGUGAAGUAACAAAAAAAAACAAACCAUGGAAUGAAAGUGCCAUCACAUCCUUUCUAUCAUUCUUAAAAGAAAAUAAAAAAAAGGUUCAACAACUAAAAAGUCGUGGUAAAACAGCUAAGAAUGUUAAAGGAACGCUCUGGCAAGAUGCCUCCAUUAAGCUACGCACAAUUAACUACCAUUAUACUAGAGACCAGUGUGAGAUUAAGUGGAAAAAUAUUUUAAGGGAUCAUAAGACUAAGAAAAACUUUAAGUAUAAAUCCGAGGUUGAAAAAAUUCUUAGAAAAGAUUAG